AUGAUUGAAGAUGUAGAGGCAGAGAAUUUAUACACACCUGAUGUAGACUUUGGCCAUGAAGAUGUAGCCCCAUGCCAUGUUCGCGCGCACUCAGGUCCUGAAAUGGACACCAACCCUACACUCAACAAAAUUCAUUGCGUUUCGGUCAAAGAAGUUGAUGAUGAGGAUGGUGGCCAGUAUAUUGAACCCCAGCCAAAUGCAGGCUGGGGUUUGGGUGAAGGGGAGACCAGAUUUGAGAGACGUAGAAGGGAACAACAGCAAGGUGGUGAAGAUCUGUGGUCUCCCUUUGAGGAUGCGGAAGAGUGGGGUCUAGUGCAGUGGGUUGUCAAAAAUCUGGGACAAACCCAGACUGAUGAAUUUCUAAAACUACCAAUAACCCAACAGCGCACAAAGCUAUCGUUUCACAAUAAUUGUUCAUUCUUGCAAAGAGUAGACAAACUUCCACAUGGUCCAGGCUGGAGCUGUCAAAAGGUCACUGUCCAUGGAAAUCAUCAGGAUGAGGAUGGGGAGUUGCUGCAAGAAGAAGCAGAUAUGGCCUACUCACCUGGCAGAGCAUAUGCUGACCAUGCAGGUCAACAUAGAGUUAUUGACAAGAUGUGGACAGCAGACUGGUGGGGUGAGAAACAGAAAGCAUUGCCUGAAGGAGCGACUAUAGCUCUGAUUAUUUUAUCAUCAGACAAAAUGACCUUGUCACAGUUCUGA